UUCCCAGGUAAAUUGGUAAAGGAUCAGAGCAUUAGUAUAUCAGUAAGACACACAUGGUCUGGGAGCUGUAACAAAAUAAUUAUUUCCUAGUGACUUUUGAAAACAAAGCAGCCAUUGUUUAACUGCAGCUUGGUAAGAUUUCUUCAAUUUGGAGGGGAAUUAAAAUAUCAAAGGUAUGACAUGUUGGUGCUAGGAGCAAAUAAACUAUCCUCAGCACCUUGGCAUGAGUUUCCUACUCUGUUUGCUGUCUAAGAGAUAUAUCAGAGUGCCAUACAGUUCAAAAUGACCAGACACUUGGUCACCCUGUCUGAAUGGUGAAGAUCACAGACAACUGCAGAGACAAUUUGCUAUAAAAUGAAGCUGAAACUGAAAUGAGGAAGAUGGGUUGGGGAACCACUGAAACAGCCGCAAGUGGUAGAUCUGCAGAACAGAAGCAAACAGUGAAUGUCAUGUAUAUAGCAUCAACAGGCCCACAUGACAGGAAGUACGUGCUACAGGCAUUUUGGCCACAUAUCUUGGAUGCAACUGGCAAAAUGUAUGUAUUAUUCCCCAGCAAGAGAAGCAGCUGAAGUUUCCAUCUGGUGUUUAAUAAAGGAGCCAUGGCAUUUAUGAGCUACGUGCGAGGAAAGGGUUAUACCACCACCACCUCCCAUCCUAUCAAUGGCUUGCAUCCUAAAGGGCUGUUACUCAUCUUUCUGGGACUUGCACUGUUUGUGUCUUCUUGCCUUGCAGCAGUCUCUUUCUACUAUGUUACUGCACUAAAAUCCGAGCUAGCCAUGCUGAACAGCAAGCUGAACUGCAGAGUCCAGGCAAGGACAUCAUUUCCACUGUCCUUGGGGUCUUUGGAAAAGAGCAAAGAGGCCAGCCCCUUCCUUCCCCACUUGAAGGUAUCAGAAGCUGCUCCUAGUCAGGGAGUUGUUUCUGGACCACAUCGAAGUAGUGAAGAGGUAAUGUGGAGUGGAGACAAACACAGGGGGAAAAGGUCUCCCCAGCACACAGGUGAAGCAGUUCUACAAUCAUGUCUGCAGUUGAUGGCUGACAGCAAAAGUGACAUUCAGCAACAUGAUGGUUCCAGUAUAGUUCCAUGGCUUCUUAGCUUUAAAAGAGGGACAGCUCUGGAAGAGCAAGGGAAUAAAAUACUGGUCAGAGAAACUGGCUACUUUUUCAUAUAUGGCCAGGUUUUAUAUACAGAUGAAAUGUUUGCAAUGGGGCAUUGGAUCCAGAGAAAAAAGGCUCAUGUAGUUGGCGAUGAUCUCACCUUGGUUACAUUAUUUCGUUGCAUCCAAAACAUGCCUCUCACUAAUCCUAACAACUCUUGUUAUACUGCUGGCAUUGCAAAAUUAGAAGAAGGGGAUGAGCUUCAGCUCACCAUACCACGGAUAGGAGCCAAGAUAGUCUUGAAUGGAGAUGCCACUUUUUUUGGUGCAGUCAGACUUCUGUGAUGCUCUUCUGUUCUUCAUCAUUAAUUUUCCAGCUUCUUUCAGUGCUCCCAACAUAAACACAUGUAUUGUUUCAGAAGCAGUA